AUGGGGUUAUCAACCUUAAACAGAGUAUCUUCACUCGUUUCUCUUGUCCUCUUUUUUGUGUUCCAUUGUCCACUUUAUACUGCUUCUAGUUCUACUGAAGAAGCGCGGCUCUUCUCAGAUGGAAAGCCAGUCUUCAAAACCAGAGCCGGUCUUUCUUGUCUUCGUGGACCUUCUACAAGUAAAUGCAACCAAUUCUACUCGUCCGAAACUGGAAUCUCUUGCAACCAUAGCGGAAGUGUUCUUAGUAUUACCCUGAUUAAUACAAGCUUAAAAGGUACGCUACAUGAAUUCUCCUUCUCAUUAUUUUCCAGUCUUGCUUACCUUGAUCUGGGAAAGAAUGAAAUUUUUGGUACCAUCCCACCUCAAAUUGGUUACCUCUCGACACUCAAAUACCUUGAUUUGUCAGCUAAUCAGUUUUCCGGUAAAAUACCUCCAGAAAUUGGCCUCCUAACACACCUAGAGGUUCUCUAUCUGGCUGAUAAUCAGUUAAAUGGUUCAAUUCUACAAGAAGUUCUCUAA